AUGAUGACUGCGUCGCCUCCGGCCAAUCAAACGCCAAAACCGAGUGUAGAAAAUAUUUGUGCGGAUCUUCAGAAAAUCGCGUAUGCUAAGUAAGUCUUUUUGAAACUAAAAAAAAUAUUUAAAAAAAAAAAAAUUUACUCAGAAAAUUCAAUUAUUUUUUACUUUUUUUCAGGUCAAAAUUGGAUGAUCUCAGAAUGAAACAGUCAGAAUUUGUCUCGGAAAACGCGGAUUACCAAGAAACCGAGGAAUUUAUCGAAAAGGCACAGAAAAUGAUCAGCGAUUUGAACAAGGAGAGGGAUAGUCAUUCCGAGAUCAUUCAGCAGAUCAAUCAGGUGGGUUUCAGUUGUCGCAAUGGUCAAUUUUUUCCAAAAUUAACUUCAAUUUUUUGAUCCCAUAGGAUUUUUUUGUAGAGAAAUUUGACUGUAUCCUAUGGUUGUGUCCGAACAGUGCACCUGAAACAAACAGUGCACCUGGCUGAACGGGGCACCUGAGCGAACGGUGCACCUGACACAUUUUGAACUGUGCACCUGGGCGAACGGUGCACCUGGGUGAACAGUGCACCUGGGCGAACUUCGGGACUGGGAAAAGGAUUUUUCAUGAACAAUUGAACAAAAAUUGAAAGGUUUUCGCUUCGAGACAGGGAAAAAGGAUUUUUUUGGAAAAUUUUAAUAAAAUUUGAAAUGUUUUCGCUUCGGGACAGGGAAAAAGGAGUUUUUUGGAAAAUUUUUUAAAAUUUUGAAAGGUUUUCGCUUCGAGACAGGGAAAAAGGAUUUUUUUUGGAAAAUUUUAAUAAAAUGUGAAAGGUUUUCGCUUCGGGACAGGGAAAAAGGAGUUUUUUGGAAAAUUUUAACAAAAUUUGAAAGGUUUUCGUUUCGGGACUGGGAAAAAAGAAUUUUUUGUAAAUAAUUUUUAUAAAAAUUGAAUUGUUUUCGCUUCGGGACAAGGGAAAAAAUUGUUUGGAAAAUUUUGCCAAAAUUUGAAAUGUUUUCGUUUCGGGUUUGGGAAAAAAAGUUUUUUGUAAAAUUUUAAUAAAAUUUGAAAUGUUUUCGCUUCGGGAUAAAUAUGGCAAGGGUAGAUCAAGGCAAAUUCUUUUGACGGAUUUUUUUAUAUGACAAAUGGGGAUCAAGGUAAGCCGUUUUUACUGAUUUCUUUGUUUGUGAAAAGCUAGAUAUGAAAGGGGAGAUCAAGGCAACUUGUUCUGACUAAUUUUUCGUCUGUGAAAAAAAUGUUAUUCCAAUAGGGCUGUUGCCGGUGCGCCACAAAAAUACGAACAGAACCUAGAAAACCUAAAAAUAAUCAGAUGUAAGUGUAGUUCUUUCGUUUCUUACCGUUUUACUUUCUCCAUGGGAAACACGAUGCUUAGUCCCUGCUUUUCAAGAUCACGCGCUAUUAACUCAAUGAAUUUGUUGAGCGUUGUACUUGAGCUUAAGAUGGCAUUCCAUCCAUUAUGUUGCCCCUCAUUUACCUUUUUACAAACAAAAAAUUGUCAAAAAAAGCUUACCUUGAUCUCCCCUUGUCAUAUUUAGUUUUUCACAAUGAAAAAAAAUGAUAAAAACGGCUUACCUUGAUCCCCCCUUGUCAUAUUUAUCUUUUCACACACAAAAAAAUCACUCAAAAAACUCGCUUUGAUCUCCAUUGUCAUAUUUACCUUUUCACAAAGAAAAAAUGGGUUUUUUCCUUUUCCGAAGCGAAAACUUUUCAAAUUCUUUUCAAUUAUACACAAAAAUUCCUUUUUCCCUGUCCCGAAGCGAAAACCUUUGAAAUUUUUUUAAAAAUUUCCGAAAAAAUCCUUUUUCCCUGUCUCGAAGCGAAAACCUUUCAAAUUUUAUUCAAAUUUUCCAAAAAAAUUCUUUUUCCCAGUCCCGAAGCGAAAACCUUUCAAAUUUUUUAAAAAAUUUUCAAAAAAUUCUUUUUCCCAGUCCCGAAGCGAAAACCUUUCAAAUUUUUUAAAAAAUUUUCAAAAAAUUCUUUUUCCCUGUCCCGAAGCGAAAACCUUUCAAAUUUUUUAAAAAAUUUUCAAAAAAAAUCCUUUUUCGUUGUCCCGAAACGAAAACCUUUCAAAUUUUCUUCAAUAAUGCACAAAAAAACUUUUUUUCAAGGUGCACCAUUCGCCUAGGUGCACUGUUCAAACAAGAAAAUGUCAGGUUUUGGCGUUUGCACUGUGCAGAAAAAGAUAGGGUGCGAGCGACAGCCCAAAAAAGUCAUUUGCACGGUGCAAAAAAUCAAAAAAUUGCACAGUGCAAGAAAAAAUGUUUUCGCACAGUGCAUGUCGCUGGAGUGAUUUUUGGCGUCUGCACUGUGCAGAAAAAAUCAGGGUGCGAGCGACAGCCCAAAAAAGUCAUUUGCACGGUGCAAAAAAUCAAAAAAUUGCACAGUGCAAGAAAAAAUGUUUUCGCACAGUGCAUGUCGCCGAUUUCAUUCUUGCUUUUUGCACCGCACUGUGCGAAAACAAAAGUUGUGCAAAAAAUAUCGCACGGUGCAAAAAAUCAAAAAAUUGCACAGUGCAAAGUGAACUUUUGUUUUCGCACAGUGCAUAUCGCCGAAAUCACUCCAGCGACGAAUGAAAACAAAAAAUUUUUUGCUUUAUCAGUCUGUCGGGAAAAUAAUGAACACUCUGUCGUUGAGCCAAUCGCGUCACUGAAGCGAAAAUAAAUUUGAUUUUUCCGCGACACAAUUCAUUUUCUCGAUGCGAUUUUCGAUGCGACAGAGUGCUCAUUAUUUUCCCGACAGACUUCUGACAAAUUUUUUUUUAUUUUGCUUCUGAAUUUUCUCUAUAAUAUUGAAAAUUUCACUUAAAGUCUUCUAAAUCUUGGCUCUUUUUCGAUGAUGUUUGGCAAGUCUAGUCUCAAAUCUUUGUUGAGCUCAUUAGCAAGUCUUAAUCUUCACUUGAGAAAAUUUCCAUCAACAUGCAUGCGUUGCUGUUUGAGCAUUUCCCGACAUUUUGCAUUCUCUUCCUUGUUUUCCCCGCAAAACUUAACGAAAACCUUUUAGAAUUAGGAUUCCCCAAGCCGCAUUACAAUUUCAAAAAGAAACCCUCUAAAUGAAAGCCGCUUUGCGUAAGUCAUAAUGCUGGUUGUGCCGGAAAAGGCCUCAAAGUUGUCGCGUCUAAUGCGGGGCCAGGCGCUGCAGAAAGCAGUUUAUGUGGGUGAAUUUAACAAAAGACCCUUAAAACAUUGCGUGUUCGUGCGCUCGGCUUCAUCUGUUAAUGGUUUCUGAAUCGUCGAAAUUGCUUUUCGGGGGGGGGGGGGGCCCGCGGAAAAGAAUUAAGCUGAUAAAGGUGGGGAGAAAGCGCGAGAAAAGGCGCCUAUUGUAAUAUUGUGGCAAACAGAAUUAUUCUGUUUUGCAAUGAACUGAAAUACGAUUGACCCCACCGGAAAGACAUAAGUUGCUUUCAGCAGAGAGGAAAAUACUGGCAAAAUUUUGCACGAAAGGAACGAAAAAUUGAUUUGUUGUUAAGGUUCUCAAUUUGACAGAGUUUUUUUAAAUGACGUCAAGUUGCCGUCAUUUUGGCUGACAGAAGAAGUACCACAAGUGGGACGCUCAGAUUUUGAUGAAACUUGGCGCAAAUUUAAAAUAUUUUUUUUAAAGAUAUAUGCGAGAAUCGUAGCUCGCGCUUUGCAGAAGCAAUUGAAAUUUUGAGAUCGAAAGUCGGCGAAAAUUUAAGAUUUUUUGAUGGCAAAGAUCAUUCAAUAUCUCGGCGGCACCGGAAAAGCGCGAGCUACAACUUUCAGGAAUUGAAAUUCGGUUCAUGCCCGACGUGUGUGCAAAAUUUACAGAAAAUCAGAGCAUCACACUUGGGGUACCUCUCUUGUAAGUUGAAAAUUCAGAUAUACCGAGCUUUCACACGCGAGCUUAGCAUCGACUAAAAUGCAUGCCCUCAAUAUUACUCAUAACUAAUAGUUUGCCUGCUAAUUUCAUGGGUCGUUUUGACAAGAAGGACAAACCCUAUUCGUUAUUAGAAAGGUCUUGUUGUAUGGAAAUUUUUUCCCUAAAAUCAAGUCCUUAGAUUGCCCACCAUCAGCAGGUUUUGUGGUAUGGCAACCCGCGGUGCAGAAGUUCCACUGCUUCAAGAUUCAUUUUGCACGGGACUCACUGAACGGCAAUCCGAAGGCAAUUCAAAAUAAAUAAAAGUCCGUCCAGAAAGUCGCUGGGAUAAAAUUGGCGACAUUUUCGAAAAUAAUGAGCACUCUGCCGCGUCAAAAAUCGCAUCGUCGCCGAGAAAACGAAUUGUGUCGUAGCAAAAGCAAAUUGCAUUUCACUUCUGAGACGCGGUUGGUGCGGCGAAAUUGUGCCCGUCAUCUUUCCGACUGGCUGAUAGUAAAAGAAAAAAGUUUUCCCCCAAGAACCCUAAGCGCCUCACAAUUACGCUCUCAAUGCAAAGAGGAAAGUAAAAAUCAAAAAGCUUUUUGAGGACCAUAAAGAAGAUAUGGACCUCAAUCCGGACCUUGGACCGUCAAGGCCCGGAUUGAGCCAGCCCUGUGAAAAAUAGACCAGUCUUGAAUUUUUUGCAGCCCACAUGUUUGUAAUCUGCAUCGUGCAAAAAUCUUAUACAUGCUCCUCUAUCCCUGUAAACCGAGGCCCAAACGUGAGAAACACAAAAGAAUCUGUAUUUCAAAAUUUCCUCAGGAAAAGCCUUUUGCAAUGCUAUUUAUCUUCUUUUGUGUUGCGAUUACAAAAGUAUGCGGUCUCUCAAAAAAAUUACAAUUACAAUUAGCAGUGUACGACUAUGGAUGUUAAGAUGGGAAAUAGGAUUAGCGCACUGAUCUCUCUGCGGGCACAAAAACAAACUGCGAAACAAGGAGUGGCUUGUUUUUUUAUAAGUUCAGUUUUCGCUUCGUGAACAUGUUCUACGGCGGGAUUAUUGUGGAAAAGUUAUAGAUCGGACCGUUUCUAAAGUCAUUACCAUGAUUUUGACUCAAGGUUUUAUAACUGGAUGAGAUUUUUUCAAUUUUUUUGCAUUGCACAGUGCAAGCUCUGUUUUAGCCUAUUUUUUGCAUUGCACAGUGCGAAUUUUUCAAAAACGAAAAAUUGGCGGUGAAACAUUUUUAUAAUAAAAGUAUACGCGGUCAUAGUUCUGUACGACAGGCUUUUUUAUAGCGAAACUUCUCUAUAACUAACGGUUUCAGAGAUUAUAAACCAAGAUUUUGGGCCAAAGUAAACAUUUGUACAACGAAACCCCACUAAAACGAAUUCAAUUAUGUUUUUAGUCCCUUGCGAUUCCUUCUAUGUUUAGAGGUAUAAACGAAUGGUCGGCUACUCUUCUUUUAUAUGUAUUUUACUCAAAUAUUAUUAUAUUACCCGAAAUUUUGAUAAAUCUCGAUUUCAAUCUUUUGCUUUCGCUAAAAAUCCCGUUUCCAGGACAAAAUCGCGAUGCAGAAAAUCAUCGACUCGGCAAAAACCGAACAGUCGGCUAGUGAAAAUGAACUGACGCAACGAUAUGGAUUGGUCUGUCGGAUCGUCGAGGAAUCCAAACGCUUUUUCAAAGAGCUUGGCCUCAACGAAGAGCCUUUUGAUGUCAAGGAGCUGAUCCCUCAGACUUCAGUUUCAUUGUAAGUCACUUUAAAAUUUUAUUGCGUACCGCAAGGCCAUUUUUGGUCAUUGCGGAGAAAUUUAUUUUGAUUAGUUUUUUCGCGCUGUGUAGAAGAUUAUUUUGACCGCAUUGUGCGGUAAAUAGAGAUUUUUCUUGUGAAAUUUUGAUGGGGUGGACCAGUACUACCUAAACAAAAAUUUGAAGAGGGCAGUUUGUUGUUUCCUGAUUGCACAGUGCAGUAAAGUGUAAAAUGAAUUUCUGCACUGUGCGAAGAAUUUGUCGUCUUAUAACAUCUAUUACAUAACCAAUACGCUGUUUUUUGUGCUAUGCAACUAUCUGUGGACAUAAUAGAGACUAUACAGAAGCAAUUAAUAACUUUCGUAUUUUACUGCACAGUGCAGAAAAUCGUCUUUCUUUUUUCGCACUGUGCACAAAAAUGUUUCCUUUCAAAAAGCUAGGAAAUGAUAAGGAGACAGAUUUUUGUCCUAUGUAAUCACUAUUUAACGCCAUUGAAAUCACACAGUAUCCCGUUAAGAUCCUUUUUUUACUCCACAGCGCAAUAAACCACAUGUUUACGUUUCGCACCGUGCAAAGAUCGAAAAAACCAAAUUUUUCAUCCGCUCUCUAAAAUUUUCCGAAAUUUUACAAUCCGAAAAUAGAACAGAAUUUACAUUAACUUCCCAUCGAGGGGAAAGUGCAUCGAAAGUUGUAAAACCCGUCAUAAACCUUUUGGACCUCUGGCUCAAAAUCUCAACAGAAUUUUAAGUGCUUCAUAAGCAACUUAAACUGAUGGUGCGCUGGCUAUAAAUCAGGUCCAGAAAGUAUUAAAAACAUUUUUUGAUUGGAUACUAGUCCGUUCGCAAUUUCACGGUGCGAAAAGCAAGAAAUUGCACAGUGCAAAGUGAACCUUUAUUUUUGCACUGUGCAUGUCGCAAAAAUCACACUAGCGACUUUGCGAACGGGCUGUCAGUCUAUCGACAAAAUAGCGGCGUUCUUUGCGCCUUGGAAUUGCUCAUCAUCGCUUUGCGACGGCUGCCGAAGCUGGAGAUUUGGUGCGCGACAGCUCCCUUUUUCGGCAAGGUAAAAGAUUUUUUUGCGACGACCCGCCGUUAUUUUCCCGACAGACGGUUAGUAAUUUUAGCAUAUGAUGUUCGAGAAAGAGCUGGGGCCAUCCAUCCUUUAUUAAUUUUAUUUUCGCCAAAUAAUAUCAAUAGAUCCGAGAGUCGCUGAUUUCAUAAACUAGUUAAUCGUGGGUACGGUGGAAAUCCUCUCAGUAUCCCACACAGAUCCCGCCAAACAGUUUAGCUAAUUGUAUUCGGCAGCGGCGCGAUGACCUCAGCAUGUAAUCUGCUUUGUCAUUAUUGCGGUCAAGACCGUGGCACAGUCCGAGCGGCUUAGGAUUUCAUGGGUCGAGCGGAAUCCCCGCAAAGUAUGUUCCCAAGAGUUUUGGCGGUUGCGUAACCGCCUUUGUAAGCGUCUUUAGGCAACGAUUUCGCAGCCAGUGUACGGUAAAAAAGCGGACAAAAGAAGUGUGAAACCGGUCUCUCGUUGUAAUUGAAAAUAGAGACCGCUAAGGGGCUUACGAGCGCUUACACGCUUAUUUAUAACACAUGAUACACUCUCUUCAUCGAAAAUUGGUAACGAAAACAAAGGCGGACAGAGGAGGACUACAACUAAUCAAACAGAGCGAACGUUUCGCUCACGGCAAAAUUAGUGUUGAGCUUCCAAGUGCGACGCCCAGAUUUUCGUUUAGCUUUGCAUAUACGUCGCGCAUAGACCACAUAUAAAUUCCUGAAAGUUUUAGCUAGUUUCGUGCAGAAAAAAGUGAGUUUUUGUGGAAACAUUACCCUCUACAGUAGAAACAGCUAUGAAAAUUUUCAUGUCGAAAUUUGCAAAAAAUGCCACAUUUUCUUAGAAAAAAUUAGUCUAACCUUGUGCCAAGUUUUAUCAAAAUCUAUGCGUCGUACUUGGAGCACUUCCCCUGUAUUGAACAGCUAGCUCCCCUGUUCAAAGCCCAAAACUAUCCACAACUCUUUUUACUGUGACUUUGUGGGCGAUUUUUGCCGCGCAUUUCGGAAAAAAUUCUUCUAUUGUCAUCCUAUUACACGAAGCGCCUUACUGCUUUAAUUAACUAAUAAAACAAAUUGAAAGUUUUUAAAUUCUAUGCACAUACUAAUGGUGACAAAUCCUACUGUGGGCGAGCAACUACAGAGCCCCUUUUAAUAGUCUUUUUCGAAUUAAAUUGUAAUUUAAUCGGUGCUAAACAGAUUUUAAGAGACCGAAGUUUUCUCAAGGUGAGCUUCUCCCACCUACCCGAAAUCCGUUAAUCACGGGAGUGAUAGGAUAAAGCAAUUUAAAUUGUAAAAAUAAGAGGAGAGAGGAGAUUAUACAGUAGGAAACAGGGAUGUUUUAGGUUUCCGUAAGCUGAGAAUGCUCUUAGCCGAGAAGAUGUAUAUCUUUCGGACCAAAGUAAACCUUUGCAUCAGCCUGUCGGAAAAAUAAUGAGCGCUCUGUCGGAUCAAAAAUCGCAUCGUUGCCGAGAAAAUAAAUUGUGUCGCGGCAAAAUUAAAUUGCUUUUCACUGCAGCGACGCGAUUGUUGGUUGCAGCGACAUUAUGCUCAUUAUUUUCCCGACAGACUGACAUGUCCAAAUGCACCGUGUAAAUAUUUCCGAGACUCCUAGGCCACGUUUUGCAGGAACAAUCAAGAUUUUUAGUUUGAAAGUUGGCAAAAAUUACAGUUUUUUACAAAUUUUGCUAUGAAAGGUUUCGUAUCUGCACGAACUAUUUGGUAUCAUUCCAGAAAAAACACCGUUUUCGUGGCGCGCCAUUGGCAAAUCUUUGGCCAAAAAAGUGUUUUUCUCUGUGAUGUCUUGGAUUAGAACACGUGGAUUGAGGGUCCCUAGUCUAGGUUCUAUCUAAUUGUAAGAUCUCAAGCCCAAAUACGUAGUUUGUCAUUGUGACUGUACAACACAAUGACAAAGUACAAAUAGGCUAUAGUUAACAGGCACUGAUGGCGACAAUAUCAAUGGUCAACUCAAGAAUGUCGACCGGUGAUAGCGGAUGCAACGGGAUGCGCUGAGUUGACCAUACAGUACAACACAACACAGUAGACACAAUAGAAAUACACUUUAUUGACCAAUAGCACAACCGUCGCAGCGGGAAAAGACACCGAGAGAAUAAUUCACACUCCCUGAUUGCAAGAUUUCCAUUUCCUUUAUACCAAUUUGUCCGUGCUUCCCUGGGAAUAUGCAAAUUCGCACGCGAAUCUCUUCUAGGCAAAGCCCGUUGAAUAUGCAGGCACUCGUUGUAAAGCGCGAGCCAAUAUUUUUAGCAAUUCCCAUGCGUCCUAUGCUCGCCGUGUGUGGAAAAUUCGAGAAAAAGCGGGAGCCUCGCACUUGGAACACUUGUCCGGCUAAAUCUAUAAAAAGAACCGCGCCAAAGCUCAACGACGCCUAAGCCUAAGUGCUGUAAAAACACACUGAAUGUUUGUAACGCUGGCUUUUAUUGCGAUUAGGUUUACAUCACCAGCGCGCUUGAGCCGCAUUUACGCACCAAAUUAAGCGGAUACACACGGUCGUUUAGCACAAGUGCUAUUAAAAAGUGUUUACUUAGCAAUUGCCUACGCAUUGCAGCUGUACGCCUCGCAAACUUGUUCGCCAUCACAAUGAUUAAAAAGCGCGCUUGAGAAUGUUCUAAUUUCUUCCAACUUUUGACGUGUUCAUGAAGAAUUACGACAAAUGCUUGCGGCGAGGGGAUAAGCGGACUUAAAAGGUUUGCGGACAAUAGUGCUCUUCUCCAAUUGUGAUUGGAAGUGCAUCGCUCAUUGGGUGGAAAUUCAUUGUAUUUGGGAUCCUUGUAGCGGAGUUUAGAACCUUCUACGAAUAGCGUCAGCAUUCUCGCCACUGCUCGGCGAGAACGAGCAGUGGGGCGUUCAGAUUAACAAGGGAUGUAAAAAGCUAUUGCACGUGCAAAAAGCAAGAAAUUGCACAGUGCAAUGUAAGGUUUUGUUUUUGCAUUCAAUUCAGGGGCUUUACGAAAGAUCUAGAACAAGGGAAGUACCCCACGUGCGACGCUCAGAUUUUCUUUGAAUUUUGUACUCACGUCGGGCGUAGGGUAAGUAUCAAUUCCUGAAGGUUUUAGCUCGCGCUUUGCAAGUGCCGCCCAGGUAUCGAACGAUCGGGGCUUCGGUAGUUGAGCCCCCCACGAAAGGUAGUUCAAACCCCCACUGUUUUGCCCGUUUCACACCCCACAUAAUGAACAAAUUAGAAUAAUACAAAAAAUGUAAGUGGGGGUUUGAUCUACUACGUUGGGGGCUUGAUCUAAAACGUUGGGGGCUUGUGCUGGACCAUACAACUUGGAUUAAUUCUUUGAAAUAAAUUUUGGGAUACAGAAUGGACGAGGGGGGUUGUACUGGGUUAUGAGGGGCUAAAGUGGACUGGGGGGCUGUACUACCUUAGCCCCGAACGAUCUUUGUCGCCGAGAGAGAGUACGCUAAACGCAGAGAGCGGUCAGAGAGAAAAAACACUUUUUUUCCCAUAACUUUGCUAGCUUCGUGCGGAAAAAAUGGAUUUUUUGUUGGAAAUAUUACCUUGUACGAUAGAAACUGUAAGGUAAAAUUUUUUGAUUUUUUGAUAAGGGAAGUACCCCAAGUCCGACGCUCAGAUUUUGAUGGCAUUUCUCACAAGCACUGUGCGAAAACAAAAAAUUACUUUGCACUGUGCAAUUUCUUGCUUUUUGCACCGUGCAAUAGACUUUCUCGGGCUGUCGCUCGUACUCUGACUUUUUCUGCACAGUGCAAAUGCCAAAAAUCACUCCAGCGACUUAUGGAAGGACUCCUUCAAAAUUUUUCGCAUUUUUUGAAGGAAAACCGAGAAAUUUACUAAUUUUGUUUUGACUGGGAACUUUUUAUAUAAGGAGAGUUCGGCACGCACUUUGACAUUUUGCUCACGGAAAUGCACUGUGCACACACCAAAAAUCACCCUGUUUCCGGGAAGGAUUGAAGGCUCUCAGGCGUUGGGACUGUAGGAACACGAUCUUGCGGCUGAUCUUCCCAAGUCUCAUAAAGCUACUUCACUGCUAAGCAGCUUCCCGUCCAAAACUCAGUCUUCAAAAACUCGGGUUUAAAAAUUCCUUUAUCGGUUUAAUCAAAUCGGCUGGUCUUGUGCAGGAUUGUGGUUUAGGAGACACAGUCCAUCAAAUGGGGAGCAAGCUGUAUGCGGAGCCAGAGAGGAGAAUACUUUUUGGCCAUAUAAGAGACGGUGCCGAAGUUUUCGCUCAAAAAAGUUGAAAAUUUUUCAAAUUUACUUCUUUUCGAUUUUGGAGUAAUACUCUUUUUUACUCCAAAAAAACCAAUAAAGAUGUAGACACGAAGUUUACUCCAAAACUUCGACAAAAAAUUGAUUUUUGGGAGCGAACUCGGGGCUUUGGUAGUUCAAGAAUAAUACAAAAAAUGCAAAUUAGAGUGAAAUGUAAAUUCUGAAACGAUUCAUUCAUUCUCCUUGUUCUUCUCCUUCGAAGCUGGUUGUCAUGUCGGAAAUAUCCACGUUGGAGGGUUUGAUCUAAAACGUAGGGGGCCUGACCUAAACCGCGAACUCUGAGUUUACUCGCCGGAGCCGAAAAACGGAACGGCGCGGAGUAAAGUUGGAACCAUCCUCCUUCCUAUUAUUUCCUUACCUAUCACAGAGGCACAGAUGACCCAGGGCUUCUUCUCAAAAAAAUUUUGUUUCGCUAUGUUCAAGAUGUAUUUUCUGAUUGAGAACAGCUUGGAAUUUACUCAAAAAAAAAACAGAUUUUUUACAAAACUAGGAUAGUUUUCAGAGAGCAUAUAGGCUAUGCCCUUGUGUGACAUUUGAAGGAAAAACGAUUUUUUUGAAAAACUUACUCUUACUGUAACUAUUUAUAAGCUUUGAAGUCUGCAAAUUCUAAAGACCAACCGGUUUUUCGAAAAAAGUCGGCGUAAAAGAUCUCUACGAUAUCUACUAAAUGCAAGCUAAAGAUCCCAAAUAUACCUCCAAGGUUUAUAUAAGCUAUUAGUCUGUCGGGAAAAUAAUGAGCACUCUGUCGCAUCGAAAAUUGCAUCGCGAAAAUUUAUUGUGUCGCGGCAAAAUCAAAUUGCUUUUUACUUCAGCGACACAAUUGGCACAGCGAAAUUGUGCUCAUUAUUUUCCCGACAGCCCAAAAAGACCGAAAUUUUUGGCCUUUUCACGAUUUUUCCGCCAAAAACCUCUGUUGUUUUUGCAAAGCGUUGUCAAAAAUUUUCGGUCCACCUAGUAAGCGCUCACAUCAUACGAUAACAAACGUAUGUAUCUAUUGCUAUCGAUGCACUCAAUUAACUUGACCCGUUGCGAGUGGCUCAUCAUUUUUGCAAACAUCAUUCGACCCGCAUCACUUCUCGAUCGUUCCGGGAACAUAACUCAAUUUCUCGCGUCAUUUCACUCCCUCUCAUCUGUUAUGACCCAUGAAAUCAUAGGUGAGCAAGAACAAGUCAAAACUUUGGCAAUGUAUUCAGCUCAACCCACUCAGUGCUCACGGUACGCUCGCACAAGCACGCCGUCUUACACGGCAGUAAUUGGAAAUGCGUGGUGGAUUUGACGCAAUUCGGACCCGCCAAUUGUUUCCGAACGUACUCGGGAAUUCGCAGCUGCAAAACGGUUUCGGUGAAUAUUUGAAGCGGACCGAUUGGGUAUUCAUAAACACUGUUUUGGCCGGUGGCGCCGUGUUUUGUGUGAGGCGGAGUGCGUCUAGUAUGGGAACUGAGAAAAAAAGAAGGUUCAAGGCUUGUACACACGUUGGCUAAUACGGUAAUCGCAGUCAACACUGUUUUGGUAUCUAUCUGUCGGGAAAAUAAUGCUCACGAUGUUGCUGAAUUCAAAAGCAGUUUGAUCUUUCUGCAACACAAUUCAUUUUUUCGGCGGCGAUGCGAUUUUCGAUGCGACGUGCUCAUUAUUCCCCCAACAGAUUGAUACCAGAACGGAGUUGACUGAAAAAAAAUCAUGUUCAAAUAAAAGCUGAGCGCAAAGUUAUUUGUCUGUCGGGAAAAUAACGGCAGGUCGUCACGCCUUGGCAUCGCCCAUCAUCGCUUGCGAUGGCUAGCCGCGGCUGGGGAUUUGGUGUGCGAAUGCACCCUGUUUUUAACGAGGCUUAACAUUUCGCUGCGACUGCCCGCCGUUAUUUUCCGGCAGACUGAAGGUUUCAUAGUAGGAAGGCUCAUCUUGACCUGAAGUUGACUCUUGGGACCUGUAAGCUCCCUACAACAAACCUUCGUACGAGAACUCUGUAUGCGUACUUUUUGUAUAGCCAACAGCUUGAUAUGCCAGCAGUUCCCUCGCUGGCCGCUCUUUGCAUCUCGUGUAUUCUCUCGUUGCAAGAAGAUCGUUUAAUAUGUCAGUUGCCCCUACAAAGAACGUCCUAGAAUUUUCAGGAGUUGAGCUGUUACGUGGCCUAGGCUUUACGGAGGGUGAAAAUCUCAAACAACAUUGAGCUAUGCAUGAACGUAGACACAAUAGGCAAUCUAGUUUAUUGGGCAAGACAAUCAAUACAAUAGACAACCGCACACGAGAAGCGAGACAGCGACAUCUGAGAAUAGCGGAAAUUGAUCUGAUGAAGACUUGGUCCUUUGAUUUUAUGCAAAUUCGUGGGAAAUAAUGGCCAGUUUCAGUGAAAUCAUCAACAGAGCACUGUGAAGGCUGGCCUUGUCAGAUCUCGUGGUCUAGACUUUGAUACAACCAUUGUUAUUCAGACCCUUUUUCAAUAAAAACAGCAUUACAAAACCGUCUGAAAUUUCCGGUCAGACGUGAUAUAAUAAAAUCUGGAAGGUCUGCUUAUCAGAGAUCGUGGGUUUCUCAAGAAUCCUCCUUUACAUCCUCUUCACAAUAUCUUUUUGUUUGUCUUUUAUUACAAUACUUGUUAUGUUAUAUACAUAGGCAUAUGUAACUGCCACGGGAUCCCCGGUCUAUUCUGCCUUUUUUCGCAAACCCUACCGUAUUCCCGCACGAGUUGUUAGCCUAUUAAUUCAAUUCGGGGUGAUUAUGGAAGGGGCGCACUGUGCGAGCCGCCCGAUUACAUUCGAAUCGCGAACAGAAUGGGGAGAGAUAAUCGCAUUGGAAGCGGCGAAAUUUCCACACCGGAGGCGCGCGAAUGUGCGUACUCGUCGCGAAAUGCACGCUCGUUUGCCCGCCUUUUCGCCGCCGGCCCGCCGGCUCGUGGAACCGGCGGCACGGUCGGUCGGAGGGCGGAGCCAGUGCUGCUAUUACCAUUUAAGGGCACUCAAUCAACAAUGGAUUGUAGGUGGAUUUGAGGGAGUAGCUAUUAAGGGGCCGCCUAUAUAAGCCAGUGGCGCCGAUCGUUGCCGCUAUUCGCUUGUUCGCCCUGCUUCGACUGCGCUUGUUUCAAGUUUUUUGUUCGGCGACUUACUGUCGAAAGUGAGCGGCUAACUAUAACUUACUACUAAAGAGCUUGCUGUAGCGCCGCUCGCCGCGCUUUAAUGGUGACUGUAACUGAUUUGGGUUUGAGCUGGUCCACCGGGUUCACGCCCUGCCCCACGCUCCGCUGGACGCUGGCCCAGCCCAUGGACAACGAGAUGCCCGGGUAUGGUGAAUGUAAAAUGGUUGAGGGGUGGACUUUGAGGGUCGAUUUUUUGAUUUUUUAAUUUUUUUUUGUACUCUUGAUUUUAAGAUAUCUGUCUGUCGGGAAAAUAAUGAGCACUCUGUCGCAUUACUUUUUGGGCCUCUUACAGGCCAAAAAGCCUACAGACGGCCUAGUAUCACAGAUCAUGACUAAAAUAUUGGUCUGUCGGAAAAAUAAUGAGCAUUCUGUCGCAGCGAAAAUCGCAUCGCUGGGGAGAAAAUGAAUUGUCUCGCGACAAAAUGAGGUUGCUUUUCACUACGCGAUCGGCACAGCGACAUUAUGCUCAUUAUUUUCUCGACAGACUGAUAAUCUUCCUAUCUUGCUGCUAACUGACUAUCUGGGAGAAUUGAGGGCUAAUUCACAGUAAUUUCAUCAAGUAUUUACCAUAACCAAUACAUUUCCAGACCCAGUGUCCCGACCACGACGAGUAUCGCCAGCUCGAUGGUCUCCACCUCGGCCCUCCCCAACACUUCGCUCUCUCUGCCCCUUCUCCCCAACAGCCCGAUGAACGCGCAACAGUUCCUCGCCCAACAACAACUCCAACAACAACAGCAACUCUUCGCCAAUCUGCUCAAAAUGAACGCGCAGCCCUCGGGGCAGACGGCGGAUCCGACCGCACUGAUGAACUUGAUGAGCGCACUAAGCCAGCAAAAUCAACAACAGGUACAGCAGGCGCCAAUGAUGAAUCCGAUGAUGAUGUUUGCGAUGCAGGCGAUGCAGCAGCAACAGCAGCAACAACAACAGCAACAAAGGCAGCAACAGCUGGCCAGUCUGGCCAAGUCGUCGUUCAGUUCGUCGGACCAUCAAAGUCCGCCGAUGAAAGUGAGUUGAAAAGAUAUUUCUGAGCUUUUUUUCUGGCUUUAGGGCCUUAAAAAUGUGGCCGUUGUGAGGUCAUUGGAGAGUCAGAGGGUCUGACUGUUUACCAAGGGCUCUAUUUUUCAUAAGGAUUUUGUUAAAAAAGAGGAUAUCAGUAUAUUAUCCAUGACCAUCCGAUUUUUAGCUGCCUAGGAUAAUAUCCUUAUAUCUCCGAGAAUUUUUCUGGCUGGGUAGAUCGCUUUAUACCAUUUUAAUCUAUAUGAAAUUAGCUAUGAAAUAAUGUCUUAGCGUAGUUCCUAGCGUUAGCAAUUUACUAAAAAUUUUGGCUUUAAAAUUCGUCAUGUUUUUUGAAAUCUUUUGUCGACUUUUGUCCUAAAUUUUACAACUUCGCGAGACUCAGUGCAGAUAAUCCACCUUCAAGACCAAUCUCAGUAUCGGUGGGGUUCAUGUCAACUCUCUCAAUAUUACAUUACUACAUUAAAACGGCGGUUUCGACGCUCUAAACCGAAGGCCCCCCGAUUUUCGGCAUAUUGUAAAACGCAAAAAGCUGGCCAUUAGAACUUCUAAUCCACCGCGAUCAUUAUAAAUUCGAGUGACAGAAUUUAAACCAUUCGUCACAACACCCGAAAUAGCGCACCUGGAAUUCACAGAGUGUUCGCGGGAACGGUAGGAAAAUGAUGCGAACGGCGGGAAGUAGGGGGUGUUUCAGCGGGUAAAUGAAUUAUGAAUCCGCUAAUUUCGAAGCUUUUUAUGAGUUCUGAGAGCUGGCUGGCGACGAAUACACAUAAAAAAAAAUAAUUCUUGGAACGCAAAGAUUUUUUGAACGCACAGUGCAGAAUUUUAAAUUUUUGAAAUCUGCACGGUGCGAAGGAAAAUGAAGACAAAAUUGAAGGGGUUGUAAAAGCGGUAGAUAGUAGAACCUGUGGGAAAUAUUCAGAUCAAAAUUAUUUUUGAUGUCGCGAAGGAUUUGAGUGAAAAUUUUGAACGCACAGUGCAGAAUUUAAAAUUUUUGAAUUCUGCACGGUGCGAAGGAAAAAUGAAGACAAAAUUGAAGGGGUUGUAAAAACUAUAGCCAGUAGAACAUGUGGGUAACAUUUAGAUCAAAAUUAUUUUUGUUUUUGCCAAAGACUUGAGCGACAGUUUCAACUGCACAGUGCAGAAUUUAAAAUUUUUGAAAUCUGCACGGUGCGGUCAAAUUUUUUUCAAAUUUUUUGCAAGAUAUGAUAAGCUGAUUGGAAAGGAGCUGUGUAGAUUUUUUUACUGGCUAUUUUCUUAUGUUCAAACUAUUUUGUAGCUGAAAAUUUUGGCCGCACUGUGCAAAAAUCAAAAAUUUUGAAAAUCCGCACUGUGCGAAAAUCAAAAAUUUGGAAAAUCUGCACUGUGCAAAAAUCAAAAAUUUUAAAAAAUCCGCACUGUGCGAAAAUCAAAAUUUUUGAAAAUCUGCACUGUGCAGUAAUCAAAAAUUUAGAAAAUCUGCACUGUGCAGUAAUCAAAAAUUUGGAAAAUCCGCACUGUGCAGUAAUCAAAAAUUUAGAAAAUCUGCACUGUGCAAAAAUUAAAUUUUUGAAAAUCUGCACUGUGCGAAAAUCAAAAAAAAAAAUUUUUAUUUUCAAAUUAAAAAAAAAUAUUUACAGCCAUAAUGGUCCAAUAUUUUCAGAACUGUCAAUGCUGUCAAGCGCAGAUCCACCGGAACGCGCCGAUUUGUCCGAUGUGCAAAAGCAAAAGCCGCUCCAAGAACCCGAAAAAGCCGAAGCGAAAGAAUCCUGACCAAUAG